AUGGGACGAGCCCCUUUAUCAGACGCAGAGCUCAACGCCAGAGGUUUCCGCCGCCUCCCUUUGCCAGAUGACGGCAAGGUAGUGUGCAUCGUGUGCCAUCCAGUCCCCAAUCCAAUCGGUCGCAGGAAUAUGAUUUCUCAUGAGACAACCGAUAAACACAAGAAAGCAUUGUCGGAGAAAGCAGUCCGAGAUGCUCAACUGAGCUACCAAGCGCGAUGGAAAGCUCAUUCUGCGAACACGGUAAAUGGGUAUGAGAUCCCUGUGUCAAAUGGUCCCCGACAUUCAAUGGCGACACCGUCUACCGACUCCCAAUCUCGUACCUACAGCACUAUCAACGCCGUAACUAGCGACCCUCUGCCCCUUCUCGCCGGUGACAACCCUCAGGAGCCUAUCCCAUAUACGGACACACAACCGGUAUUCGAUGAGACUCUCUUACCAAUAACAAUCGAGGAGCACGAAGCCCUUGUCGCAAACUUGUGGCAACAAUGUGAAGAUGAAGAUAUUGAGCGACAGAUUAUGGAGGGCUUCGAUCCCGUGGAAGAUAGCAGACAUCAUGAUACAAACACAGCCGGUCGCGACUCCCAUCGGCCAGGCAUGAUAGAAAGAGCGAAUGGGCGCCUUGGAAAUCUAACAUGGGGGGAAGCUCUCAAGAAUCCUAAUGCCUUGGGAGAUGGAGAGGAAGAGAAUGAAGAUGGAGAUGCGGAGGAAGGUGUCACGUGGCUGUCGCCACUCGACCAAAGUGACAAACCAAACACCCAAACCUCCACCGCCCACGUCCGCGUCAACCCCACAUCUUGCCACCAUCUGGAUAUAACAUCCAUCCGUCCUACCUCCACGGCCGAGCUGCACCAGCACCGCCUUCGAGCUCUAUGCUUGCUAAGCCUUUGA